AUGCUGAAUUGGCUGAUACAGGUAUGGAUUUUGACUUUAAUACCUGUUGCCUUAGCUGCCCUAUCGGUGCAGCAUCACCAACUUAAAGAGAUCGAUCCUGAUUAUGCCAUGAAGAAAUCUGAUAUGAUGCUAUAUGAUUAUUUAAACAAAGAUCAAGAUACCAUAGAAGACUGGAUACCUGUACAGGCUUCUGUUGGCCUCAAUGACUCCAUGACGUAUGACUUCAAGGUUAAUUACUCCUCUCCCGGCCUGUCGCCAUCGUAUGAGAUCAUGGUUUUCAUUAGUUCGUCGUUAUGCAAGCUUCCCGACGGUUGGUCCUCCGAUAGCCGAAAUAAUGGGAUAAGUCUCUACUAUACAUUUAAUUCGACGGUAACAAACAUUUCGGCAAUGAAUCGACUCAAAUUUUCCAACGGGUACGUUCAAGGUAUUGCCAGUGCCGAAAAAUCAUCUGACCAUGACAACUUGUACAUUACGGUAAAGCCUGACGAAUGCACCGAUUGUUCAUCGAAUUAUACGUGGGUAUAUGAGCUUGGAAUAUCACAAAGCGACUUAGUAUUUCAGUACGAUACCGGUUCCUUGACCACUGUUAUUGAUAGUGAUUAUAAUUCUGCCGUGUUUUCUGCCGCAAAUCUUACAUUCCAAGACGAUUCCAAUUAUAGAGUGUAUCUCUAUGAUAUUGAUAGAUAUGAAGAACUACAACAAUUGAACCAAAGUUGGUGUGCGUUUGUAGAGUCAACUGGAUCUGUCAAAACAAUAAACCUAAACGAAUCGACCAUUGAGAGUGAUAAUAAUUUCUUUUCGGUUGAAGAUCUUGAAAAUUCAAGCGAUUAUACCGGCGUACUAGUUCAGUCCUAUGAUACAAUAUCGUACGGGGGUGCAGUCUACCGAAUGUUUAAUUUCUCUACAAUGAGUUCAGAAGCCUGCAAGGUUGUUUAUGGCUUGGAUUUUUGCAAAGAUGUCUCAUAUGCAGUACCUGUUUCAAAAAACUUUUCAAUGAACCUUCAGAACUCCGAACAAUUAGGCCAGGUAUAUGACGACUAUGCCAAGAGCUUGUAUCAGAAGUUUGGUUAUGCAAUGCAGCAAAUUCCAUGUGAUGCCGAUUUAGAUUCCAGAUUUUCUCCAAUACGUACAUGCAAUGACUGUGAGCAGUCAUAUAAGCAGUGGCUUUGCUCAGUUACAAUUCCACGUUGCUCUUCGGAGAGUCAUACCGGCUAUCGAGAAUACAACGCAUCAGAUGGUCGUAGUUCCUUUGUGAAAGAUACCAUAGAUCCUCCGUUAGAGUACUACGAGAUCCUUCCCUGCAUCGAGUUAUGCAAAGCAAUUGUUAGAGAUUGUCCGGCCGAUUUUGGGUUUUCGUGUCCCAUGGAGGAAGAUUUCCCUGGUAAGAGUUAUGGCCUUCCAGGCGAUGGCAGUUACGUUUCCUGUAACGAUAUUAGCAGUUCUGAUACGGGGACAUCGACAAGUGGUGCCACGAGUCUUAGUAUGGACCGGAAAAUAUUCACGUUCUGGGCUGUUAUCUCGAUACUUUUCUAUAUUCCAUUCUAA